CUUGAUCGCCCAAUCAUGUCGCACAUCGGCAGAUCAGCAGAACCAAGUGCCAGAUAUAUAUCAGUUGAACCAACCAACAUUGCCCGCGGGGGGCUCCUCUAUCUAUAUAACCCCUCCGCGCCUUUGGCCAGCAACAAAGCCACAGAUCGAGCUAGCUCCAUCUCCCAAAGAAUAAAUUGCAACUGUGUCAUCAGCUACAUAUUGUGCAUUUCACAAUUGUGCUUAGCUAUGCAGACGGACCAGGUGCGGGGUCAAGACAUCGGGGAGGGCAUGAACCGCUUGGCGCCGCAGGAGUACUACUACCACGCUGGCCUCGACCGGCCGGCGGCGACGGGGGGUCUGUCGGAGGCCGACGGCGUGCUAGUCCUGAAGGAGCUGCUGGAGGAAGAGGACGAGGACGAGGCGGAGAAGUACUCGACGUCGUCGCCGCCGCACGUCGACGACGACGACGCCGACCGGCUGAGCCGCGUCAUGCGGUCGCUGGAGGCGGAGAUCAUGAGAGGCGGGGACAACGGCGAGUGCUUGGCCAGGCCGCCGGGGCCGGGCGAGAUCAACGGCUGUGUGCAGCUGGACCAGAUGCUGUUGGAUUUCGACGACGGCUUCGGCGGCGCGGCGGGGUUCGGAUACUACUGGCCGGAGGUGCCGGCGGGGGGGAUUUAUGUGUAUUCGGAGGCCGGCGAGGGGAGCGCUGUGGGCUACGAGAUGCAGGUAGCGCGGGAGCAGCAGUACUACUGCGCAGAUCAGUGCUCCGGUGAGCAAGUGUAUAGCAGCUCUUUGUGGGAAUGAAAAAAAAGUUGAAAUCAUCACGCGAGUACGUGUGCAGAAUCAAACGGUUUCUUCCCUCUGUUCUUUGGCCACCGUGUACAUAAUAUAGUUUGAUGCUCGUAGAAACUUAAGAAUGAGGAUGAAUGGAGUUACUGAGUAGAGCUGCUAAUUUUCUUCCAA